AUGUUCUCGAGAGCAGUAUCGACGACGGCCCGCCGCGCCUUGGCUUCGUCCACCACUCCCCGUCUGGCCACCGCGAGCCGCCAGGUCCUGAGUCCUGUUGCCAAUGUUGCCCGCCGCUCCUACCACGAGAAGGUCCUCGACCACUACAGCCGCCCGCGCAAUGUCGGCUCCAUGCUGAAGACGGACGUCGAUGUCGGCACAGGUCUCGUGGGUGCGCCGGCAUGUGGCGAUGUCAUGAAGCUGCAGAUCCGCGUCGACCCCGCCAACAACACCAUUGCCGACGUCAAGUUCAAGACCUUUGGUUGCGGCAGUGCUAUCGCCAGCUCGAGUUAUCUGACUGAGCUGGUCAGGGGCAUGACCCUGGAGGAGGCCGGCCGCAUCAAGAACACCGAGAUCGCCAAGGAGCUGUGUCUGCCGCCCGUGAAGCUUCACUGCUCUAUGCUGGCUGAGGAUGCCAUCAAGUCUGCCAUCUCAAAUUACUACACCAAGAACCCCCAGGCCAAGCCGACAAACCUGGCUGGCACCGAGAUGAAGAUACCCGGUGCCUCGGGUGAGGCUGCAACUGCUGCUGUCUGA